ACUCUCAUCAUAUACAUUCAUUUACAUAAUGCCUGAAAUUGAAGGAUCUCCGGGAAGCUCCAUGCAUGGAGUUACCGGAAGAGAACAAACCUUCAUAUCCUCCGUCUCAUCCCCAAUGGUUCCCACCGACACCACGGCCAACUUCGCCUUGCCGGUGGAUUCAGAGCACAAGGCCAAAGUCUUCAAGAUCUUCUCCUUAGCCAACCCUCACAUGAGAACCUUCCACUUGUCAUGGAUAUCAUUCUUUACUUGCUUCGUCUCUACCUUCGCCGCCGCCCCUCUCGUCCCCAUAAUCCGGGACAACCUAAACCUAACCAAGGUAGACAUCGGCAACGCCGGUGUUGCCUCUGUCUCGGGAAGCAUAUUCUCGAGGCUCACAAUGGGUGCAGUUUGCGACCUCUUAGGGCCGCGAUACGGCUGCGCAUUCCUUAUCAUGUUAACCGCGCCAACUGUAUUCUGCAUGUCGUUUGUUAACGACGCUGCAGGAUACAUAGCGGUGCGGUUCAUGAUAGGAUUUUCGCUUGCAACAUUCGUGUCGUGCCAGUAUUGGAUGAGUACAAUGUUUAAUAGUAAGAUCAUAGGGUUUGUGAAUGGAACUGCGGCGGGGUGGGGGAACAUGGGUGGCGGAGCCACCCAGUUGAUAAUGCCGUUGGUUUAUGAGGUGAUUAGGAAAGCUGGGUCAACUCCAUUCACUGCAUGGAGGAUUGCGUUCUUUGUACCCGGUUUCUUGCAUGUUAUAAUGGGGAUCAUGGUGUUAACCCUAGGACAAGAUUUGCCUGAUGGUUGGGUCUUUGCCCUUUUGUAUGGUUACUCCAUGGGAGUUGAACUUACCACUGACAACGUAAUUGCCGAAUAUUUCUAUGACAGGUUUAAUCUGAAGCUACACACAGCUGGAAUGAUAGCAGCAACAUUUGGAAUGGCAAACAUCAUAGCACGGCCAUUUGGUGGAUACACAUCUGAUGUUGCAGCCCGGUUGUUCGGAAUGAGGGGCAGGCUUUGGGCCCUAUGGAUCCUCCAAAGCCUUGGCGGUGUGUUCUGCAUAUGGCUGGGGCGGGCCAACUCUCUCCCAAUAGCCAUCGUGGCGAUGAUUCUCUUCUCCGUGGGAGCACAAGCCGCAUGCGGCGCAACCUUCGGCAUCGUCCCCUUCAUCUCAAGAAGAUCCCUUGGAAUCAUCUCAGGGCUCACCGGUGCAGGUGGCAACUUCGGUUCAGGGUUGACUCAGCUGGUUUUCUUCUCAACGAACCGGUUCUCGACGUCGGCCGGGCUGUCGUUGAUGGGUGGCAUGAUUGUGGCAUGCACUUUGCCGGUGACACUGGUUCAUUUUCCUCAAUGGGGUAGCAUGUUUUUCCCUGCUUCAAAAGAUGCAGAGAAAUGCACUAAAGAAUACUAUUACACUUCUGAAUGGAAUGAAGAAGAGAAGCAGAAGGGUUUGCACCAAGGAAGCCUUAAGUUUGCUGAGAAUAGCAGAUCUGAGAGAGGAAAGCGUGUUGCAUCUGCACCAACUCCACCCAACACAACCCCUACCCAUGAUAAUAAUAAUGUCUAAUAAUUAACCAAUGCAAGUUGAAGAAUCUCAGGUUCUUUUUUAUUUGAUAAUUUUCCUCCUCUUAUGUGAUUCUUGCACAUAAAGUUUGGGUGUAAGGGAAUCUGUUUUUUAGAUUAGGUGCUUUAAUGUGUGGUGCAAGCAUACGAGAUAUAAUAUGUAUUAAAAAUAAGUUGAAAAUUUAGAUGCAGUUAACUUAAAGAAUGGUUAAAUGAUUUGAUAAAUUUGAUUAAA